UUCCGGCGGUGACGACCUACCCACGAGAACAUGCCUCUCGCAAAGGAUCUCCUUCAUGCCUCUACAGAAGAGGAGAACAGGAAACACAAGAAGAAAUGCCUGGUGCAGAGCCCCAAUUCCUACUUCAUGGAUGUGAAAUGCCCAGGAUCCUAUAAAAUCACCACGCUCUUCAGCCAUGCACAAACAGUAGUUUUGUGUGUUGGCUGCUCCACUGUCCUCUGCCAGCCUACAGAAGGAGAAGCGAGGCUUACAGAAAGACGUUCUUUCAGGAGGAAGCAGCACUAAAAGCACUCUGAAUCAAGAUGAGUGGGAAUCCAUCUCAAUAAACACAUUUUGGAU